GCUACUUCCAUGUUUAGUACGAUCGGUUUUCCGCGAAGUAUUGUAGCACUGUUGACAACAUGGAAGACAGACCCGUUUCCGUAGAAGAGAUCAAGAAGCAUGCCAGCGAAGAGGACUGUUGGAUAGUGGUAGAUAAUGUGGUUUGGGACAUAACAGAGUUCAUACCGAGUCAUCCUGGUGGAAAUGAGAUAAUAACCAAACACGCCGGCCUCGACGCCUCCCUAACCUAUAACUCCGUCCACUCCCCAACCCUCCUAUCCAAAACCCUCUCCCCAACCAAACGCAUCGGCAAAGUCUCCUCCUCAACACCCUCCUACGACCUCCUAAAACCACCCCCAACAGAAACUACCCAGCCUAUCCUAUCAAUCGCCUCAAAGCCGCCCCUAGCCAGCCUAAUAAACAGCUACGAUUUCGAAGCCGUCGCCGAAAAAGUCCUCGGCAAGAAAGCAUGGGCCUUUUAUUCUAGUGGCGCAACAAACCUCGUGACGCGGGAUGCGAACAAGAGCAUGUUUGAUCGGAUAUGGUUUCGACCGAGACUACUGAGAAAUAUCCGGCGUGUGGAUACGAGAACGAAGAUGUUAGGACGUGAGGUGGAGUUGCCGUUUUUUGUUAGUCCAGCUGCGAUGGCGAGGCUGGCGCAUCCGGAGGGGGAGAGGGCGUUGGCGAGAGGGUGUGAGGGGAGGGGGGUUGCGCAGUGUAUCUCCACGAAUGCAUCCUUUACAAUGGCAGAGAUAACGGGAAGCGUGAAAAAGGAUGCCAUACCCUUCUUCUUCCAGCUCUACGUCAACAAAGACCGAAAGGCAUCAGAAGCCCUUCUGAAAGAUGCGGAGAAGAACGGGAUUAAAGGCGUUUGGUUUACCAUCGAUGGGCCUGUGCAGGGGAAACGAGAAGGCGACGAGCGCGUAAAAGUCGAAUCAGCAACCUUCGCCAAAGCCGCCAUCAGCGGCGCCGCAGCCACAAACGACAAGAAAGGUGGUGGCCUAGGUCGCACCAUGGGCACAUACAUAGACGAUACAUUCAGCUGGGACGACAUCGCCUGGUUGCGCAGAGCAACAAAACUACCCAUUGUAGCGAAGGGUGUGCAAACGGUUGAAGAUGCGGUGCUAGCUGUGAAGUACGGGUUGAAUGGUAUAGUGAUAACGAAUCAUGGUGGGAGAAAUUUGGAUACUUCCCCACCCUCCCUCCUGACCCUCCUGGAAAUCCGGCGGCACGCCCCUGAAGUCUUCUCCAGUCUGGAAGUGUAUCUCGAUUGCGGUAUCCGGCGCGGAACCGACAUAGUAAAAGCGUUGUGCUUAGGAGCCAGAGCCGUUGGAAUGGGUCGGCCUUUCUUGUAUUCUUUGACAUAUGGACAAGAAGGUGUGGAGCACUUCAUCGACAUCAUGAAAGAUGAGUUGGAAACGACGAUGAGGUUACUGGGCAUAACGUCGCUGGAGCAGUGUCAUCCAAGAUAUCUCAACAUAGGGGAUGUAGAGCAUUUGAUCCCGAAAGAUUUGGAAGGAGGAUUCCCGGAGAUUCCGGGCAAGGGUGUGAAGGCGAAGUUGUGA